AGAGCAAUUGCACUUUGCAAAGGGAAGAGAGAGAGAGAGAGAGACUUCAGUAGUCCUCAAACUGGCAUCACCCAUUUGCACGAAGAUCGCAACAACGACACUAGACACCCCAGUUCCUCCUCCAUACGAGGUUUCCCUGUUGAGUCAUCAAUUUUCGUGUUUAAGGGUUGUUCUAAAAUCCAGGACACAGUUUGCUUGAUACAUUUCCAAGUUUUCAUCAACAUAUUCUGAUAUGUGAAGAAUAAGGAUACAAUUUUAGUAUAAGUGACCUGUUCAUGGUUUCAGACCUCGUGAUAGUAUAGUCCAACUAGUAUAAACAGCAUGGAGGAUAUUCAAUUGGAUAUUAGUUGGGAAGAUGUCUUCUGUCCCAUAUGCUUGGAUUUUCCUCAUAAUAGUGUUCUUCUUCAGUGUUCAUCUUAUGAUAAUGGAUGUCGGCCGUUUGUCUGUGACACAAAUCACUUGCACUCAAAUUGUUUGGACCGUUUUAAAAGUGCUUGUGGCAUGCCAUCCUCUUCAGUGUCUGAUACAACUUCUGCAGAAAAUAGUGACCCUGUGGUAUCAGAUGGUCCAUGCAAGCUGACUUGCCCCUUGUGUAGAGGUGAGGUUUCUGGGUGGAUUGUUGUUGAUAAAGCUCGUCUGCAUCUUGAUGAGAAGAAGCGUUGUUGCGAUGAGUUGCAAUGUGCAUUCAUGGGAAGUUACUUGGAGCUACAAAAACAUGCUCAAGUUGAGCACCCUCAUGCGCGUCCAUCGAAAAUAGAUCCUGCCCGGCAGCUUGAUUGGGAGAAUUUUCAGCAGUCCUCUGAGAUCAUUGAUGUUUUGAGCACUAUUCAUUCUGAAAUCCCACGGGGGGUGGUUUUAGGAGACUAUGUGAUUGAAUAUGGAGAUGAUGAUGCUAGAGAUGAGUUUGAGGACUUCCCUGGAGAUGACGGCAACUGGUGGACCUCUUGUAUUUUGUAUCAGGUCUUUGACAACUUCAGAAGUUCCAGAAAUAGAAGAAGGACAAGAGUUGCUAAUACGAGAAGGGGUAAUCGCCGUUUGAGUUAUGAUACUUCAAAUUCUGAUGAAGGUUCUGUAGCAUCUGUGGAGUAUGCUGAUUAUAGGAUAGAUGACACUGAUGAUGAGUUUGUUAGUACAAGUGGCUCCUCAAGGGGUAGCAGUGGUUAUCGCAGAUCACAGAGACGCCGAUCCCGCUUUUAUGACAAUUAGGAAUGUGCUAGCUGCCAAAGAAAAUCCAUUCUGUUAUUGUACAAAGGUAGUAGUAUAAGAAUUGAAGGAAAGCAGAAUCAGAGGCAAAAGACAUGGAAAGCAGUGUGACAGAUUGUGUUAUACCAUGCAAAGAUUACAUUUACAUCAUCUGUUGCAUUUGCAACGAGAUGUCUUGAUUGGGACACUUUAUAAAUUUGACAGUUCCAUGUGGUUACAUACUCAGUUUCUUUUAUGCUUUAGCUUUAAAAUAACUCUUGAUUUCUGAAUUUUUAAGUGUAGAAACUAGAAAGUAUGCUAGCCAUUGGAAGCAUGUUGAUUUCCUCAUGGGUAAUCAUAGUCAUUCUGCUGCUUAAUUAUGGAAUAAUGAUUUUUUUUGAUA